AUGGAGGCACCCGGUCCAUCUCCAGCGACUACAAUGGAGCGGUCUCGCGAGCAGAUAACUGACAAUGCCCAGCCUAUUGUUCCUCUUUUCACGAUUGCAGCAGGAAGAGAUGCGGACCAACUUGUCAAAGCUUCGCACUACAGAGAUGCGAAAUUAAAGUUCGGACACAGCACAAUCAGCCCCGGUGUGUCUGCCGACGAUGUCAUUCUCGUUGUGAUUUCAGAAGAUAGCUCGAUGAGAAUCAUCGAAUACGUUGUCGCCAAAUCAGCAGGCGCGGACGUCUAUCUGGAACAGGUCGGGGAGAAAGACAAUGUCCAUGUUGCUUGGGGCGCGGAUGCUCUCAAUGAGAGCUUCGUGCGAUUUCUCGACACAAAGUACGGCAGUUUGGGUGUCCUCGACAAAGAGGCCAGCGACAUGGCGUUGGAGCACUUCAAAUCCAAGAUCAAAUGUGACUUUGAAAAUAGCUUGGACGACCCUGAAGUCGCGACCUGCUUGCCAAUUAAGACUCAGUCGAGGCAGGGAGUCGAGGUCAUCUGGGAUGCCCUAACGGCAAGAGAGGUUCGAAUCGUUCUGGACCCUGUCGUCGAGGAGACCAUUUGCUUCUUGAAGGGCAGCAUCUGCAACCGCGAGAGAUCAACCGCUUUGCGGCCUGCAGCUUAUGUGCCUGUUCGAAGCAUGCCAGUGGCUUCUUCUCCGGAGUCAGACAAAGGCGCAGCGAAGUCAUUGAGGGUCGAGACGAGCUAUGGCAUCUGCAUUUCUGAGAAAUACAUUGAAGCCCUCCACGGACACUUGUCAAGCAGCAAGUAUCGCUCAUCAUUGAACGAGGAUAUUGGCAUUGAGCUGAUGUCUUGGUUCGUCAAGAAGGGCGAGACAGUGGCCGAGAACGAGACAAGAUCUAUUGAGUUUUGGCAAAGACGCCUCUGUCGGAGCGGAAGGCCAAAAGACCUCGGAUUUGUGAUUCUCUAUGACAACGCUGGCCGCGAAUUAACUUCUCGGAGCAUGGAGAUUGACGAACAUAUGGCAGCCUUGGGCACAGUCUAUGCAGACCUGAGUGCGGUGCCAGAGUCAGAACUUCCCCGGGUCCAGGGGUCCGAUGGGCAGUGGUACUAUGAGUUUGACCCCCAAGACACUCAGUACGACUCAACUUUCCUCGGCUACGAGCUAGGCAUCAAAAGCAGGGCAAUCUAG